GUGGACAGGUAGAAUCUUCUGGAAAGGCUACCACCACACUCUGGAUGAGGCAGAUGUUUACGAUGUGUUACCUAAAGAUUCAACAGUUAAACUUUCCAGCAAUCUCGCCAGAGAAUGGGAGAAAGAACUGUAUAUGUACAAGACAGGAGGCAGACCCCGACUGACCAGAGCUCUGUGGAGGUGUUACAGGCUGCAGAUCCUUUCCUUCACAUUUUUAAUCUUCAUGGAGGAAUGUUUGAGAGUUGUUCAAGCAUAUCUCAUGGGAAUGUUCAUAAAACUCUUUGAAGUUGAUGACAGCCAUGGUGAUGAAAGCUUUAACAACUACAGCGGCACAAAUAACACAAUCAAAAUAAACAGCCAGCGUCAAAUGAUCACUCAGCCAGAUGUCUUCAUCUAUAUAGCCUUCAUUAUUCUGGCUUAUCUAGUCAGCAUCUUCCUAGAUCAUAAUUUUUUCCAUUAUGGAUACAGAAUGAGAGUUGCAACAACAUCUUUAAUUUACAGAAAAGUCAUGAGACUCUGCAGCUCAGCUCUGCGGCCCUCCAUAAUGGAAAUGAUUAUGAACUUGGUCACAAAAGAGGUGGACAUAUUUCCUGUGGUGGUUUUGCCUGCAACAUACAUUUUGAUUGGUCCAGUACAGCUAGGAGUCACAUGUUACUUGUUAUGGGAUUGGUUGAAACUUGGCCCAGCCUGCAUCAUGAGUUUUGCACUUCUGUUUCUCUUGUUUCCUCUCCAAGUUUUCAUGGGACGUUUAUCACGUCUGCUUAGAGAAAAAAUGGAUAAUUUAACAAAUUCUCGACUCAGACAUCUACAACUGAUUGUGUCUGGGCUAGAAGAGAUGAAGACAUCAAACUGGAGUGAGUUCUGUGAAAGAGUCAUUGGGAGAUCCCGAAA